AUGGCCGAGUCUCUGAACGUGAUCGCCCUGAUAUCAGGCGGCAAAGAUUCCCUUUACAGCAUCCUUCAUUGUCUUGAGAACGGGCACAAGGUCGUGGCAUUAGCCAACUUAUAUCCUCCUCCCCGGCCAGCUUCUCAGAGUCAGAAUGGCCGGAAAGCUUCCCAUUCUCACGGUUCCGAGCACGAAAUCGAGGGCAAGGACGAAGACGAGGACGAAGACGAAGAUCUCAACAGCUUCAUGUACCAGACCGUCGGGUACUCCAUCAUCCCUCUGUACGCCGAAUGUCUCGGUCUUCCACUGUACAGGCGUGAGAUCCACGGGUCUGCAUUGCAAACAGGCCGCUACUACGAUGCGAGUAAUCUAGUGACAAAUUCUGGAUCCGAGUCCUCACCGGAUGAAACGGAAGAUUUGGUACCCCUGCUUCAGGACAUCAUGGAACGCCACCCCAAAGCCAACGCUCUCUGUUCUGGCGCCAUCUUGUCAACUUAUCAGCGCACGAGGGUCGAAUCUAUAGCUUUCCGGCUGGGAUUGACUCCGCUGGCCUAUCUGUGGCAAUACCCGGCGCUCCCUCCGCCUGUUGGUCGCGAUGACUCCCUCACCGGUCUCCUGGAUGAUAUGGCCGCAGCUGGAUGCGAUGCUAGAAUAAUCAAGAUUGCAAGCGGCGGCAUCAAGGAGAGCUUGUUAUGGGCCAAUGUCGCCGACCCCAAAACACGGUCGAGGCUAGUCGCGGGCUUAAACCCGUUCUUUCCAGAUCACGAGUUUUGGCUUCGUGGCGCCGUGCUCGGUGAGGGGGGAGAAUACGAGACGUUGGCGAUCCGCGGACCUAACAGACUUUGGAAGAAGAGGAUUGAAAUCCCGCAAGGCACGAGGCCAGCCGUUGCUGGAGAUGGUGGCGUCAGCUAUAUCCGAUUAGCAGGUGCAAAAACUGUGCAGAAUGAACCAGACUCGUCUGAACAGGAGGAGGAGGGUGUCCGAGUGCCGCGUGCCUUAGAUCCUCAAUUCGAGGCUGUGAGGACACAGAUCCAAGGUGUUGGGUCAGACUCCUCGGCAGUCGAAGGUGAAAAAGAGCGUGGUCUUGAGCAGAAGCCAUCCGAGGAUACUCCGUCGGCGGUGGUGUUGCAGCUAUCUCAGAACGUGACGGCGACGUGCCUUGCGAUAUCUAAUAUUACCGCAACAUCAACAGUGGGUGCGGACGUUACUGGAACGCCCACUGAUCAGAUGAGGCAAAUCUGCAAAAUCCUGAAUUCUUUACUGGCCGACCUCCCCAGCUCCAACGGCUUGGAUUGCAGACCAACCACCUCGAACAUUGUCUUCUCGACCCUACUGCUCAGAGAGGUUUCUCAUUUCGGUGCGGUCAACAGCGUAUAUGCGACGCUAUUCCGCUCUGGAGAGCCCAACCCGCCCGCUCGGGUGACAUUUGCGUGCGAUCUGCCUGAGGGAGUUGAGGUCAGUCUGAGCAUAAUCCUCGAUUUCAGACCCCGUCAGGCCCGACGUGGCCUUCAUGUCCAAAGUCGCAGUUAUUGGGCACCUGCCAACAUAGGCCCAUACAGUCAGGCGAUAUGCGUGCCGUUGAACGACUCGCAGGAUUUCUCCGUGAAUGUGCACGAUGCAGGCCUGGUGGAACUCGUACAUAUUGCCGGCCAGAUUCCUCUCAUUCCACAUAGCAUGAAAGUCUCGGACGGAAGUUUUCUGGACCAAGCUGUGCUCAGUCUCCAACAUCUCUGGCGCAUCGGCCAGGAACGGGGAGUGGAUCUCUGGCCCUGGGGAGUGGCAUUGGUCAAAAAGAGCAUAAACAUAUCCGCUCAAGCGCUUGAAGCGAGCCAGGUCUGGCAACAAGUGAACUUGAUUGGAACAAGACCAGAACAAGACUCCUCCAGCGAUGAGACCGGUGAGGAUGAAGACGGUCCAGACGCGUGGGACAGACAAUAUAAUCGAUUCUCCCAGUAUGGGGCGACAGUGGCCCAGACGACGGUGGGAGAGCAUCUCCAUAUGCUACCCAACCCGCGAGUCUUGAGGGAGGCAUCGUCAAAAUCAAGAUUUGUCCCUCCUUUCAUUGCAGCCGAGGUUGUCUCCCUACCUCGAGAUGCAACCGUGGAAUGGUGGAGUUUGGGGGUUGCCAACUUGCCCAAGCUUCCUGAAUCAGUGCCUCGGAUAUCCACGAGUCGGCAGGACUAUACCUGGGGCUCCAUUUGCAGGGUGUCUGUCCAUCCUCCGAAGAAGGAGCGUAACCAGGAACAUGACCGGAAGCAAGAUCAAGAUCAAUCGGCGUCAAAUACCACAGACACAACCAUCAAUUUGAUGACGGUCUUGAUUCACUCACCACUACAUCAUCCCACAAGCAGCAUUCGGGAGGGUAUCGAUGUAGUCGAGCAGGAUCUCGCCGCUUUUCUCUCUGGUCGGACAGACAGCGGGACAUCAUCAUCACUCGAAGUCGUCCAUGGCACAGCGUUCGUCUCCGCCGAAUACCAGACACCAUGGUCCAAGAAGCAGAAGCAGAAACAAGAUCAGGACUGGGACCAGUCACUCUUUGCCAACCUGACAGUCAUCCCAUGCAAGUCAGUGCACGGCAGGGCCUCUUCCAGCAGCUCCAACUCCGGCCUUGCCGACCAAGGCAACGAAGACAAGAGCAGCGAGAAUUUCCAACCUGCCGUGCAAGCCGGCUCGGACUCACCACCGAGGGUGUCAAAAAAGUCAGUGGCACAAGAGGCGUCGUCGACGUCCACAGCCUUCAAAAACAACGCCGCUCAGUCAUGCCAACCUCAACCUCUCGCGGCAGCAUUGACCAUGCGCAUCGACGGUCACAAUUCUUCUUCCAGCCAGUACAGGUUGGCAAUCAGAUGA